UGCCUGAGCCUAAUUCAGUUGUAUUGGCUCUUAACUAUCUAUCUCCACCCUAUUAUGCUGGCCUCAGACGUGACCUUCAAUGCUCCAUUGAUUCAUUAUACAUACACAAUGAUCCUACAGUCACUGUCAGCAUUGAUAUACUAUUCAAUGGGACAAUUGUUCCUUCUGGACUUUCUGCUAAUGGGAGGAAAAACCUACAAGAGUUAUCAAGUAAUCCUAGUGCAGGGCAGUAUCGAAAGACUUUACAAUUUCAAUAUUUUGUGUCUUCUGAGGAUUCUGGUAUAUACACUUGCAUGGUCAACGUGUCGUCUAAUUAUGUAUCAAGUUAUAUUGUCAAUGCUUCCAUUAGUAGGACCAAUGAAUAUGACAUUGUUGCUCCUAAACCAGCAGUAGUAUUAAACUCCACAAGAUACCACCUUCCUAAUCAUCCUUCAUUCAACACAGCUACACUAAUGUGUACUGCAACCUUGCAACUGAUGACCUUUGACUUUCUAGUGUUCCCUAAAGUACUUACAUGGUCUGGCCCUUCAGUAUCAGGUGCUACUCCAGCUACUAAUCCAACUGGUGCUGUUAGUGAGAGCUCCCUACAACAGACUUAUACUACAGCUGGUAGCUAUAAUUAUUCAUGUACUGUAUCAGUGAAUGUACCUGGUGAUCCUACUGCUAGUACUACUGAAGCUAUUAGUAUAAUAGUGACUGCUCCAUCAUCCCCUCAUUCUCCAGUAAACACUACUGCUGUCAACAUUCGUUAUAAUUCAGCCACCAUCAGGUGGAUAGUCCCCAGUAUAGCAUACACUCCUGAGGAAUAUGUUGUACUUUAUGGAAUUAAUUCAACUAAUAUGAAUGGACUAAGUUCUGUCGUUAAUGGAUCAACUAAUUUCAGGAUUACUGAUUCCGUGUUAACGGUUGAUCUAUUUGAUUUGACUCAUGAUACAGUCUAUUAUUUCAGGAUUAGGUCAACUAAUACUGAAGGAUCUACUGAAAGUAGUGCUAAUAGUUUUAAGACCAGAGAAAAACUUUUCUUAUUGUCUGCAGCCCCUACUGCUCCUCCUAGUAAUUUCACUAUAACCACUAACACUAACUCAAGAUCUCUCUCAUUCUCCUGGGACCCUCCUCCCCUUGAACACAGGAACGGAUUCAUAUUAACUUAUAAUCUUACUUGUUACGAAACUGUGGGUGGAGUCGUUAAUUUAAUAACCACACCCAGUUUUCCUCGUAUUGUCAAUGAGAGUGGUUCAGCUCAGUUUGUUCUGAGUGGGUUUCGUCCAGGGACUCUUGUUAAUUGUACUCUGACAUCGUCUAAUGAUGCUGGUACUGGUCCUACUGCUAUUGCUUAUAUUAGUACUAUACAAGAAACUCCCGGUGGACCUCCUCUUAAUUUCAUGAUACACACAAUCACUUCUACUAAUUUCACACUCUCCUGGGAGCCACCAAACCUUCUCCUCCAAUAUGGGAUGAUCACUGGCUACACACUAUCAUGCACUGAGCUUGAAAGGAACAUUGUACCAUCUUUAUUUCCUAUAAAUUAUACUCCUGAUCUAACUAAUGCCACUGUUAGCGGAUUGAGACCAUUCACGGCUUAUAGUUGUAGUUUAACUGCUAGUAAUGCAGUGGGGGCUGGACCACCUGCUAUUGAUACACCAAUGACUGAACCUAGUGCUCCUAGUGGUGCUCCUCAAUCAUUAACUCUCACUUUAAUAAACUCCACCACUCUCACCCUCUCAUGGCUACCGAUACCUGAACUGCAACAAAACGGAAUCCUCACCAACUACACAGUCGGUUGUAACCAAAUCCCCCCACAGCUGGUCCCUGUGGAGGAUACGCUAGAAAUGACCCAAUCACGUUACAUGCAUAAUAUAACUGGUCUCAGGCCAGGGGUGGUCUAUAGCUGUUAUGUGUUUGCUAAUACUUCAGAAGGUAAUGGACCAAGGGCUAUUGGUAACAUAACUACUGGUGAAGAUGAUAAGUUAGUGAAUAAUGGAGGUAAUACUGGAGUGAUAAUUGGUGUGACUGUAUCAACAUCACUAUUAACUGUAUCUAUGAGUGUUAUAGUAAUACUGGUUAUAUACAUUAAAAUAACUCAAAAUCAAAAGAGACAAUCCAAUAAUGAGAUUGUAAUGGAUUGCAGUCCAGCUUAUGAUGUAACUGAAUUUAAAACAAAUACUGCUGAUGAUAUACUAAUGAAGAAUAGUCCAGCAUAUAGUACAGUACAACAAACACAAUCAACUGUUGAGCCAGUGUAUGAUACAACUAAUGAUGAGUAUGAGAUUCCUCUUCCGCCAUCUUCUACUGAAUAUGAAAUACCAACUGUGACUGAUAAGUCUGAUUUAUAACUUAAUCAACUCUUUGUGUACAAAUUGUUCAAAGUUUUAUAUGCUCUUUGCUAGGUGUACCAUAUUGUUGUAUUUUAGUUACAUUAUUUUCUAGACGUGUGUGAAUGCUUGCAUUAUUUUAAUUCAUAGUACUUAUCAGCAUUUUCAAAAGCA